GCGAUUCUGACGUUUUGUUAUGUUUCGUGCGUAAACGUGUGUGCGUGCGCGCUGCCUAUUUCUAUCCCUGGUUUUGUGUCACCGUAGUAGCGAUACAAAAUCAUAAACUUGCCGUGUAAAAAGACGGGGCUAAUCUUUUUAGCCUUCGACCCCGCGGAUCCCCAUCCGGUUGUGCCUACCGUUCCGGGUGGAAGUUUCCCCCGGCAGGCGCCUCAUUUGCAGCAGGCUUGCUGUGCCGCGGAGAGAAGCAGAAAGAGAGGCGCGAGAGAGUGAAAGAGAGAGAGAGAGAGUGAGCAGGAAGAGCGGGUGAUGAUAGCUGGUUGCUGUGUGUGCAUCGCUUACCCCGUACUGCCCAGGUACACCGCCCUCGGGCCGCCCUGCCGUUAACCGAUUGAUUGCAAGCAGGAAAUCGCGGUAGACCCGACCCAACGGGAACUGUGAACAGGAACACCCGCGGAAGCCGUACACCACUAGCUCGAAGGCCAUCCAUGGAGCUGUUGUCAUAACGACGGGGCAUUGCACUGCAUCUCCCUGCCCGCUCGCGAGUCAGACGCUCGCCAUCCCCCUGUGCGCCGCACCAUUUGGAACCAUUUUAGAUCGUGCCCGUCGUCGCCGCCCACACGAUGGACACGGACCGAGCCACAUCCUGCACACCGCCGCUGCCAGCGAUCGAGCGCACGCCCGUACAGUUGACCAAGCAGCCCGUACAGGAACGUUCGCCAUCGAUUGACAGACACGAGCAGCAGGAGAGGAAAAAAUCAUCCCCGGCGGCGAAUGCUGCCAUCGAUCGGCACAGCGAUAGGGAGGCAGGGGCUGCGGGCAGCAGCGACCGGGAGGAGAAGCGCACCAAAAGAGCGAAAAAGUCGCGGAACCGUGAUUCCAGCUCGUCCAAGGAGCGACGGAAAGACAAGCACAACCCACCCGUCGAUUCCGACUCGGCAGCGGCAUCGAAGAAGAAAAAGAAAGCAAAGCGAACCUCCCAAGAGCACGACGCAGGCAAAGAGCGCCGCGGCAGCCGCCAUCGGCACCGGCGGAAAGCGAGCAACGGUGGCACGGACGAGGAGAGCGCCAGCGACAGGGCCACCGGCAACCAGCGUGACAGCGAGCGCAAGAAAAAGAAGUCGAAAAAGCGACGAUCCCGCUCGGUGGAGGACAGGGCGUCGCGGAAAAGGUCCCGGUCGCGCACCCGGUCCCACAGCCAGCCGCGGGAAGAGGCCAGCAAUAAACGCGACCACCAGCAGCGUAGUCACAGCCCGCUGCGCGAAUCCGUACCGCGGUGGGGCGAAGAUGCGCGCGAUCGUUUCCCGCCGUACCAGGGCGGCAGCAAGUUUCACUUCAACAGCCGCUGGAACCCGUUCCGCAACCGGCGCCGGGACUUUCCCGAUGGGCCGCGCAGGAAUGGGCCGUUUCGGCCGCGCGUACCCGCAGCGGUACGGGCGGGCGGUACGCUGUCCGCCGUGCGCUACACCACAAUCAGCCCGGUCAUCAGUUGGCGCGACUGGACGCUGCCCGACGGUGAGGAUGAGCCGCCGAAGGAAAAGAAAGUGAAGGCGGUGGUGUCGCCCGUUACGAAGGUGCAACCGAUAACGCCGGCGAUCGCGGCACUGCAGGAGUACGACGAAAGCGACGGAGGAUCUUCCUCGGGGUCGCAGGGCGACCAUCGCCGGGCGCAAAAGGAUCUCGAACGUGCAUCGCCCGGCAGCCGAAGGGGUGAAAGUAGCCGCGGCACGCCCGAACUCCCCCCCGUCAAGCUGCUGCAGACGAUCAAGCGGGAAAAGGUUUCAACCGACGAGCGGGACGAGUACGGGCGGGCGAGCCCGCCGGCCCCGGUGCGGAUCGAUUGCAGCAUCGUGAAGCAGGAACCGGUAACGGAUGAGGACGAGCAGGAGCGUCGAAAGCAGGGCGAAGCGCAGCCGACGGUAGCCGCACGGCCAAAGUUUAGCUGCUCCUUUCUGGACGAUCUUUCCAGCGGCAAUCUGAAGCUGCUGUCCGGCCUUUCGCCCGACAAAGGGCGGGCUGGCGGCAAGCACAUCGACCGGGACCGGCGCGAGGGAAGCGAAUCGCCCGACACGGACGACUAUGCGUCGAACUGGGAGACGGAGGGCAUGAGUCCGGCGGGAAGACGGACGCCCACACCGCAACAGCCGCCCGCCCAGGCGAAGCCAUCCCCUCGGACUCCGCCGGGUCAGGCGGGCGGGGAGGAAUCGGGCCCGUUGGCGGCGGUGAAUGGUGAAUCGCCCUCGGUCCUAAGCGCGGCGGAAAAGCGUGGCCAUUUGAAGCCGCGCAGCCUGCACGAGGAGAUUAUUCCGCUGGACGACCUGCUGAACGUGCAGAACCAGCUGAAAUCGUACCAAUCGAAGCUGGAGGAGAUGCAAAAGCUGAAAGCGCACCGGAGGCGCAAGGAGGAUGGUUCGCCGGCAGCUGGCAGUGUUGCUGCGGCGGGCAAUGGGGAUGACGGCCCGCUGCCAGCAGCCAGCGAGAAGCUGGCGGAUGAGUAUCAGAGCUUUAUGCAAUCGCUCGGCAAUGCGAAGGAGCGGGAGCGACGGUCCAGCUCGAGCAGUUCGUCGAGCAGCUCGGACAGCUCGUCGACCGGUUCGAGCAGCGAUUCGUCCAGCUCGUCCGACUCGUCCAGCUCUUCGAGCACGAGCUCGGACUCGGAUUCGGAGCACGAUUCGGACGAAAAGAAGAACGACACCGCGAAGGAAGCGGAAGCGCCGGUGGAGCUCAAGCAAACCGAACCGGAAGAGCCACGCACACCGCCCCACCGGCCGACGCUGGUCAUACCGGAGUAUCUGCUGCCGAAGGUGCCGGUCGAGGAGGACCAAACGCCCGCGUCCUGCACCAAGAUUUACAGUAUUCGGGACGAUUCGGUUGCGUCGGAAUCGCCGACCGUCCGGCCGCUCGAGCUCGAGCGCGACAUGCCGAUUAAGCUGAAGCUGCCAUCGAAGAACAAAAUACUGCCCACCGCCGGUACUUCCGCGCUGCUUGGCCACGAGGACGACGAGGAAGGCAAUGCGCCGGGUCAGCGCCACACUGCCGGAACCGAGCAGGCAAAAGAACCGUCGGCCAAAGCAUCUACCGUCGCCGGCACCGCAUCGAAGGAGCAACGGGCGAGCAAGGAGCGGGAAAAGCGCUCGUCCCCCGACCGAUCACACAACCGCAAGCGCAGCUCGUCCCGCCGACGCUCGCGCGACCGUCAAUCGUCCACCGUGGCCAGCAGCCCGAAGCGCAAAUCGCGCGAUCAAGACAAGCGGUCGGCGCGCAAAGAGCGUAGCAGCACCGCCUCCCGCCACGGUUCGCGCAGUCCCCGGCGGCAUCGUACGCGCAGCCCAACGCGCAGCCGGAAGCGCUCGCUGUCGAGAUCGAGAUCACGGUCACGCUCGCGCUCGCGGUACCGCAGCCUCAGCCCAUCGCAACGGAGACCGCCGAGCCCGCGUGGCCGCAGUCCGCUAGAGGCGAGAGGGCGCAGUGCUGGCCGUUCGCGCCGCCGCUACUCCGCCGAGCGGGAGUGGUCUACGUCGCGACGCUCCCGAUCGCCUUACGCCGGCGGUCACCGUCGGCCACCGUCCCCGAAGGACGCACCGCCGAUGGGGAUGGUGGUGCACGGCGAGAACCAGAUCGACAUCAUAACGAGCACGGGCGUCCCGUCGCCCAACGUGCACUCGCCGGUGACGGGCUACAAGAAGAGUCUGGCCGACUCGACCAUCAGCGAUGCGGAGCUGGAGCGAAAGCUUCUGCUCGCCGAUCCGGCGUACGGUGGGGGCUAUUCGAAGGGCAGCGGCGGCUACUACUAUGGCCCUGCCGGUGAGCUGCUGCUCGAUGGAGACCGAACGGCCGCCGGCGGCGGGUCGGGCCCGAAGCCCGAAGGUGGAGACGAAUCUUCGCCCAAGCGCAUUUCACUCGACGAUCGCAUCAACAUCGUGCUCGGGAUGAAUGGUACGGCCGAGGUGGCGGCGGGUGGCAAACAACCACCCGGUAAGCAUCACCUUUCGCACCUUCCCCCGCACCAUCUGCAGCACCACCAGCAGCAGCAUCACGGUGGGUAUGGUGAGUAUCCGCCGUCGUCGCACGAUCUGUACCAGCAGCAGCCGCCCGGAGCGCGCAACCAUCUGCCGCACAUGAACUAUCCGUCGGGCUACGGGGGCCAGGAGUACGGUGCGUACGGGUACGGAGGACCACCGCCGAGAGGUCCACCGCCGUCCUGGGCGCCGCGCAGUCACCCGUACCAGGGCUAUCCGAUGGCUUUCGUUGGCCCACCGCUGAACGCGAUGCGUCCGGGCGGCGACAUGGUGUACCGGCCACCGUACGGUACACCGACCAUACCGACCGUGUCGGCCCCCAACAAUGCCGCCACCGAUGGCAGCAGCGCCAAAUCGCAGGUGAAACAGGUUGGCAACGUGCUGGAAAUCGUCCCAUCCAGCACGCCGCUCGCGACCGCUACCACCACCACCACCGCCAAACCGACCGACCCGACCGGUCAGUCCGGUGUGGGUGAAGCGACGGACACAACCAACGGCUCAGAGGAGACGAAUACCAGGGCAAUCGGCGACGAGCAGCAGCAACAACAGUCAUCAUCAUCCGCCACCACGUCAGCGCUCGUCACGCCCAAGAUUCUUACCGCCGAGGAGCUGCAGCAGCGCCAGGAGCGACGCCAGGAGCUGAAGAAAAAGAUCCAGGCCGAGCGGGAAAAGAAGCGGCGCGAGAAGAGCCAGCGCAAGGAGCGGCUGCAGCAGGAAAUUAAGCGGCUGCUCGGGACGAAAACGAUUGCCGGCGCCGUGGCCGCUGCCUCGGACGGUAGUGGUGCUGGUGUGGCUUCGUCCGGAGCGGGCGGUGAUUUGAUCGGUGCUGGAGCGGCCGGUGGUGGUGGUGUCGGCGGUAGUGGUGCCGGUGGCAGUGCGUCCUCGGACGAGGAGUUCGAGACGAUCAAGCAGGCGGAUCUGAUCGCGUCCCUCGCUCGGUCGUACGAAAAAAGUAUUCUCAAAACGGCCAAACCGAACGCCGGCGGAGGCUCUUCUACGGCCAAAAAAUCCGUGCUGUUUGCGGACGGUGUGGCACCGGGCGACGAGUCGUCCUCCUCCGGCGAUGAAACGAAGGAACGGUCGCCGAACAAACUGUCCGCCGCCAAGCAGCGGAAGAAGAUGCGCCGCCAGCGGACGCUCAAGCUUACCGGCAAGAAGCGGCUGAUUGACAAACUCAAGCAACCGGAGCUAGACGAGGAAGCGGAAGAGAUCGAUCCCGAGCUGGAGAGUUUGCCGCCACCGCCACCACCGCCCGGUUCGCCGCCGCCCGAGCUGCAGCAGCCCCGCUGUCUCCAUCCUCCCGUCGUGCGCAUGAUCGACUUCCGCGAGGGCGGCUUCCACGGCAUUGGGCUACCAAUGGGACCGGGUAUGGGACCGCCACCGCCGUUGCCGCCGCCCCCGCUCCACCAACACACGCUGCCCGGUGCCAACGGUGGUCCGCCCCCCGGGCUGCCCCCACUGCCAGUGCCGCCCGUACAGCUGCCCGGUGUGGGGGGUCCCAUCGUCCCAUCGGCCGCCCUGGCGGCUACCCUCGGCUACCGGCAUUCGAAUCUUCCGCCGCACCACCAACACCACCACCAGCACCCGCAUCAGCACCACCAUCAUCACCAUCUGCUGCCUUCCCAUCUUGCCGCCCAGCGACCGGCGUCUCCGCACGGCUCCCUGCCACUACCGCACCACCACACGCACCCACCGCCCAACCAUCCCGCCCACCAUCUGUACCAUCAUGGGCCGGGCCUGGUGAUGGGCAUGUCGGUGCCACCGCCGCAGCACCACACGCUUUACCCACCGCAAGCGCUGCCGCCACCGCCGGCCACCGCGAACAUUGCCCUCACGUACGGUGGCAAGAAGCGACCACCGAUGGUGGUGGUGGGGAUGGGUGGAAGCACCACCAUCACCGGUAGCAGUAGUAGCAACAACAACAACAAUAACGGUGUCAGUGCGAUCGAAUCGAUCGUGUCGGCCGCACCCUCUACCCCGAUCACGAGCGGUACCAGUGCGGCCAGCGGCAGCGGUGGGAGUGCAAUGUUCGACGGAACCCCACCGGUGUGAUGAACCACCCACCACCACUGUUGUGCUGCACACAAGCACACGGCACACCGGCGUUCGGUAGUAGUAGUAAUUUGCAUUAGGAUUAGAAUAAGAGAUUUAUUUUCAAUACACACACACACAUCGGUGCGCUUUACACUUGUGUAUUCCUAAUCUCUUACCGCGUUUCGUUUUAAUCUGUGUUUAGUUAGUAAGCUUUUAAGUUUUAUGCUGCAACCGCGGUGCUGCAACAUCGUGUCUCUCUUCUCCCUUCAGCUUUGCAAAAUGCAUUUCGUUGCAUUAUCAGGAGAAAAUGAGCCCGCUCUAGAGCAUAUGGUUUGCGCGUAGCUUUUAGUUCAACCAAUAAUGUAGGGCAAUAUACAUACGUAAGUGUAUUUCUGCGUGUGUAUGUGUGUGUGUGUGUGUGUGAAAUAAUAGCCUCAAUAGGUAGAAGAGAACUGUGGAAUAGUAAAAGCGCAGCAGAGAGAGAGAGAGAGAGAGAGAGAGAGAGAGAGAGAGAGAGAGAGAGAGAGAGAGAGCAAUAUAUAGUCACGGCUCUUAACGAUACGGUUGCCUGGAACCAUAUUUAAACGAUUGUUAGUCACUGUUAAGGUUUGUUUUACAUCAUGCUGCAAAAUCCCCCUUUCCUUCUCUUUUUCUUUGUCGAAUUAAGUACGUGUGUGUGUGCGUGUUUGUGUGGUACGCGAGAGAGAGAGAGAGAGAGAGAGAGAGAGAGAGAGAGAGAGAGAGAGAGAGAGAGAGAGAGAGAGAGAGAGAGAAGCGCCAGCAGUAGUUUAAACGCGGUACGAAUGUAGUAGAUUCAAUGAUAUAGGAUAAAUAGAAAACGCUGAACUGUGUAUAUACGUAAAGAAA